AUCAUAUUCGAUAAAGAGAGAGGACGUGGGAAACUAAAAGGUUUUGUACAGUAUCGAAAAUAGACAGAGAAAUAGAAAGAGAAGAAGAUGAGGAUGAUACAUUGAUCUAAAUGAUGAUUCUGCUCUGUUUUUAUUACAGAGGAAUUUUUUUCUUUUUUCGGUUACAAUUCAUUCAGUUUUACAUUCUUCCCAGUUACACUUUCGAUAUUGUUUGAAGUGAAAGACUUUUUCUAUCAAUGGUGAAUUGUGUUGAUAUUUAUUUAUAUUUUUCUCAUCAUCAUCAACAACUGAUUAACCGUAAACAAAGGUCAUCAUCUGAUUGUGAGGAUAAAUUUACAUCAAUGUUAAGAUUAAUUUGAUUGCAACAAUCGUCAAAACCCAACAACAAUCAAAGGGAAUAAAAAAAACAAACUUUAACCCAAAGAAGGGAAAACAAAAUGUCCAACAACAAUUAACCAUAAUCUCUGAUUUGAUUAGUGUUUACAAUUGGAUAAUAAACAAGUUUGAUAACAAAUUAAAAAGUUAAGGUGAUGAUGUGAUUUCUUUAUUAGAUAAUCUAAUUAUCAUUAUCAUUGGAAUAGUGGAUUACAAUUUGAUUUGAUUGUGAUGUUAUAUCAAUAAAGGAAAUGAUUUAAUUUCCUCUUCCAUUAUCACCAAUAAAAAGCACUCAAUCCAACCACAACAUCAUCACCUUUCAAUGUCAAUUGUUGUAACAAUUAAGAAGAUGAAACUUUCCAGCCAACUAAUUAAUAACUUCCAAUUUUGUGCAGUUUAAUUGUUGAUCUGUUUCUUUAUUUUUCACGCUCUUUGCAAUUGAUUUGCUUUUAUAAUACAAAUUGAUUCAAACAAUCAAAGCAACACACAAACAAAUACACACACACACACACACAAAAUGAAUCCAUUGAAUAAAAUGACCAUAGGAAUACCUAAUCCCCACCAAACGUUAACGGUAUUCUUAUGGUCAAUAUUAAUGGCCUCAUUUCUUGAUGUGUGUUUAUCAUCCCAUCGAUCACAUCAUCAUCUUAUGUUUCAAAGUGAUUCAUCAUCUUCAUCAUCCAAUGUUGAACCUCCAAUCUACUCAUCUUAUACUACUCCAAAUAAAAGUAUCAAUUUUACCCAUCUAGUUGUUGACCCAGUGACCGGCCGUCUAUUUAUUGGUGCAACUAACUGGAUUUACCAAUUUUCCGAUGAACUUUCAUUGGAAGUGGCCCAGCACACUGGUCCAAUUGAAGAUUCGCCAUAUUGUUCAACUUCAGAUUGUUCUUCGGUUGAAAGUGUCGCCAUUAAGCCAACCAAUAAUGUGAACAAAGUUCUUCUCAUAGAUCCUAAUUCUCGAAUGCUGAUUGCCUGUGGUUCGGUUAGACAAGGUUGUUGUCGUCGUCAUCACAUGGAUGAUAUAAGUCGAUUUGAACCAUUGGUUGAAGUUCCAGUUGCUGCAAAUGAUGAAAACUCGUCGACAAUUGCGUUUAUCGGUCAAGCUUUUUAUUAUGGGGAAACCGGUGAAUCGGUUCUUUAUGUGGCAUCAACUUAUACCCGUCUUGGACCUUAUCGUGAAUUUGUCCCUGCCAUAUCAUCCAGGUACCUAGAAUAUGGGCCAAAGUUGUUCACCAUUAUUGAGAAAUCUUUUACCGAUUCAGGAAGGGUUGACAUUUCAACUCACCUUCGAGACUAUUUUCUAGUUAAAUAUAUUACUGGAUUUGUUUCCGGUGAGUUUGUCUAUUUUGCUGCAGUCCAAAGGAAAUCAUCACUUCGAGCACUUGAAGAGUGGGGAUACGUUUCUCGAUUGGGUAGGGUUUGUGCAUCUGAUGCUGGUUUCCAUUCAUAUGCAGAGAUUACCUUAUCAUGUGUAGAUCACGUUUCGGGUAUUGAUUAUAAUCUGCUUGUCGGUGGAUCAAUAGUUCGUGCUGGUCAUAAUCUAGUUGAUUCAUUGCGUCUUUCUCGUAAUACCGAAGUGUUUAUCGGUGCUUUUGUUGCUUCGCGUGAUCAUACCACACGACCAUCAACAAACUCGGCAAUCUGUGUUUUCCCAAUUCCCGCAAUUGAGGCCAAAUUUGCAGAAAACAUUCACCUUUGUUAUAAUGGUUCAGUGUUAUCACGAAAUAUGGAUUAUAUUGCUGGAAGUGUUAAUGAAUGUCCAGAAACAGGGAGAGCCGGAAAUAUAUUAAACUUUUGCAAUGAAGCAUUAAAAUUAAACGGAACUUUACCUUUAACAGUUAAACCAGUUCUCACCUAUGAUAAUACAAGUUUAACCGGAAUCACUGUAACCACCAAUGGUCAGCAUACAAUUGCCUUUCUAGGAACUGCUUCCGGUCAACUAAAAAAGGUUCUUAUAUCAAACCAUGAAAAUGCUGAUGAAUUUGAAGAGAUCAUGAUUGAUAAAGGUAAUCCAAUAAUUAAGGAUAUUCAACUUGAUCAUACACAUAAAUUUGUAAUUACCGCUUCUUCCUACAAGGUUGCCAAAGUGAAAAUUGAAAGAUGUCAACAUUAUAAUAGUUGUAGUUCUUGUUUAAAUUCACACAAUCCUUAUUGUGGUUGGUGCUCAUUAGAACGCAGGUGUACUGCUCGAAGUGAUUGUGAUGAUAAUAUUAGUUGGUCCAUGACCGAAAAGAUAUUUACCUCACCCCGUUGGCUCCCAAUGGGUACACCUCAAUGUAUUGAAUUUGAAGAGAUUCGUCCAAACUCAUUACCUUUAACCGCAAUGUCCACUGUUGAAUUAUAUAUCACUCAGCUUCCACCUUCGCCUUUCCAUUCCUCUUAUUUAUGCCUUUUCGGUGACCAAAGUAGGCCUUUACCCGCUCGACAAACUCACACUGGCCUUUCGUGUCGAACUCCAGCCUUGGACGAAAGGCCGCAAUUACCUCUGGGAAAAGAUCAUGUCUCGGUGAAUCUUUCAGUUCGAAGUACAGUAACUCAAAAAGAUUUCAUAUCGAAACCUUUUGUUUUCUAUGAGUGUUCAGUUCACAAAACAUGUCGAUCAUGUGUCAAAGCAAAGUGGCCUUGUAAUUGGUGUAUCCAAGAUAAUAUAUGUACACAUAAUAGUAGUUUCUGUUCAGGUCAUCAUGUACUGUCCAGUGAGAAUCUUUCAAUUGGCUCUUCAUCAUCUUCCCCAUCUGAUCCUGCCUCUGAAUAUUGUCCAAGUUUCCGAAUCGAUCGUGAAAUUUUAAUUCCAAACGGUGCUAAACGUGAGAUAACCAUUCAUGUUCAGAACUUUGGUAAUCCAAUGGCUGAUCUUGAAUGUAUCAUUGAAAUUGAAGGAGCUCGAGCUCGGAUUCCAGCUCGAUUGAAAGGAGACAAGAUAAUCUGUUCAUCUAACAUGUAUACAUAUCAAAGUGAUGCUGGUAAAAUUUACGCACAAUUAUCAGUCCUUUGGGAUGGAGAUACUUUGAUUGAUAAAACAAAUGUUACCUUAUAUAAAUGUGAUCAUUUAGGAAGUCAUCAGGCUAAGCCUGAUUGUUCAUUGUGCCAAACAACUGAGAGGAAAUAUCAAUGUGUCUGGUGUUCUGGUUCAUGUUCAUUUGUUGAUGCUUGCUCAGAACCUCCAGCACCCUCAUGUCCACCUCCAAGAAUAGACCUGAUUUAUCCUCUUUCUGGUCCAAUUGAGGGUGGAACUUUAAUCACAAUUAAAGGUUCCAAUUUAGGAUCAAGUGUAGAUGAGAUUAAAGACAAAGUCGCCAUCGGAGGUAUACCAUGUACUCCAGUUGAAUAUAAUGUAUCAGUAAGGGUUGUCUGUCGUACUGGACCCUCUCCAACUGGACCUUAUUCAGCAAAUAUUGUUGUAGGCAAUCGAGCAGGAGUAACUCGAGCAAGUGAAAACUUUGUUUACAAGGCUGUCCAAUUAAUUGAUGUUAAUCCAAAGUAUGGACCUCAAUCCGGUGGAACUCACCUUUACCUGGAUGGAUUUAAUUUCAACAUUGGAACGAAUAUUGAGAUUUACCUUGACAAUAUUCCUUGUGAGAUUAAAAAGUCAAUGAUUGCCAAUCGUCAGGUCACUUGUAGAACCUCAGCUUCACCGACUGCCCCUUACAAGGUUCAAAGGUUGACCCUUUUACUUGAUGGCUCGAAUAUCACUUUACCUCGGCCUUAUAUUUAUGGUAAAGAUCCGAUUAUCCAUUCAAUUGGUCCAAACAAGAGCUACAUUUCGGGUGGUCGAUUGAUUUGGGUCAAUGGUUAUCAUUUUUCGUAUAUUGUUCAACCUCGAUUGAUAGUUAAACAUUUAUCAAAGAUUAUUGGAAGGUCUAAUUGUAUUCCGGUCAAUGAUACACUCAUCAAAUGUCCAACUCCAUCAAUUAAAGCAUAUCUUGAAUCUUUCUCUGUCUCUCAUGGUGGUGGGUCAUCGUCCUCUGGUUCGUCCUCUGACAUUGGUCAAGAUUCCCCGUUUCACCGUCCUUCACCAGUCCACCGAGAUCUACCUCGAUCUGACCAUUUACAUGCUCGUCCACAUCUUCACAAUCUUCAUCCAUCAUCCCUGUCAACUUCAUCAUCUUCCUCUUCUUCAUAUCUCUCACCUUUUGAAAUAUCUUUCGAAAUGGAUUCAGUUGAAAGUGUGACCAAUAUUCGAGAUCAUUUUCCGUCCAUAGAUUCAUCUCUCUAUUAUCUACCUGAUCCAAUUUUUAGAUCAUUUGAAAAUGAUGGAGUUAAAUUGUACACCGGUGAAUCUUUAGUGAUCGAUGGUGACAAUUUAAGAUUGGCCGCAAUCGAAUCAGAUGUAAAUGUCACCGUUGGUAAUCGUCCAUGUAAUCUAACCUCUCUCACCAUGAAUCAAUUGGUCUGCUCACCGCCAACCGAAGGUUUUACAAUAAGCUCUUAUACCGAUCUGUUUGGUCGUUCAACGCAGACCAAUUUACCCGCGGUUGUAGUUACAAUUGGAAACAAUAUUCGUAAACAGAUUGGAUAUUUACGCUAUGACGGUAACACGUCAUAUGAAACACCCUUUAUGUUUAUCGGUUUAACAUCAAUCGCCGGUAUAAUUGUGGUCAUUUUUAGCCUCGCCUUAUUAACUUUUAUACGAAAUAAAUCAUCAAACAUUAGCAAAGAAUCUGUUGACCUGAAACCUCGUACACUUGGUCCAGCCAUUGGUCCACAUUCACUAUCGACAACAAUACCUGCUCCAAUUUACUCUGCUCGUCCACCAACAUCCCUCUCAACGGCCACAACCAUGAUCGCUGGGACAAGUUGUUCAACACGAACUCUUAAUCGGACAAACGCUGAUCAUAUUUACGAAUCGAUUGAUAAUCUACCGGCCAUUCGUUACUCGUCAAAGGUUAAUCUUGAUUAUACUUAUUUCGGUCAUCCGGCUUCCAAUUAUAUGCGACGAGUUUAACAAACAUUCAAUUAGAAAAACGGAAACGGAAACGAUGACCAUUUAACCUUCCACCUCGAUAUUGAGUAUUGAAAUUAUUUCGGAGAAUCCAGGGUAACAAAAUCAAUUUUCCAAUGAAAACUCCAAACAAUUAAAUCAAACUAAUCACCAAGAACAACCAUGAGCUUAUACUGGAUCCGCAAUUGAUGGAAAGACAAUUAAACGAUUAUUAACUUAAUUGUUUAAGGAAAAUUAAUCAUCCAAAUUUUAAUAUAUAUUUUAUAUUCGCUGCAAUUUAAUCAACUAUCUGCCUAAUAAUUUUCACCAUUGACUCUUAAUUGUAAAAAAUAAUAUCCAUCUCUUUGACUGCCUCUGUAACCUUUGUGUAUUUAAAAUGAUCAAAUUUAAUUGCUGUUUUCGGUUUCAAUGUAAACCAAAUUUGCCAAUUAUGAUCAACAGAAAAAUACAAUUGAUUGAAGAAAAUCAAUUUUGAUUUUAUACCGAUCAGAAUUCAAUAUAAUUCAUUUAAACCUGCAAUGAAUAUUUGAAUGUGUGUGUAUAUAAAUGAUUCUGAGGAUAAAAUCAAGUUUCUCACUCAGGUGAUUACAUGAAAAAGUAACUGUGAUUGUUUUAAUUUUACUAUUGUAUCAUAAUCAUCAAUCAAAUUUGUAAUUAACCAAUUUAACUUCUGUUUUUCAUUCAUAAUGUAACAUUUUUUUACGAUGAAAAACUUUGUCCUCUCGCUUCCUGAUCUCGAAUUUCUUAUAACAUGUACAUUGAGCUGAAAAAAAGUUCUAAUCGUUGGAAAUGUACCUUUUUUUUGGACACACCACGAAUUUCUGGUCAAAUUGAAUAAAAACAUUGUUCUGUUCAAUAUUUAA